AUGACCAAAACGGUGGACAAGGGCGUGGUGCCCCUGGCUGGCACCAACGGCGAGACCACGACCCAGGGUCUCGAUGGCCUCAUGGAGCGCUGUGCCCAGUACAAGAAGGACGGCGCUGGCUUUGCCAAGUGGCGCUGCGUGCUCAAGAUCACGGCGCACACGCCCACGCGCCUCGCCGUCAUGGAGAACACCAACAUGCUGGCGCGCUACGCCAGCAUCUGCCAGCAGAACGGCAUUGUCCCCAUCGUGGAGCCCGAGAUCCUCCCAGACGGUGACCACGACCUCAAGACGUGCCAGUACGUCACCGAGAAGGUGCUGGCAGCCGUGUACAAGGCGCUCAGUGACCACCACGUGUACCUCGAGGGGACGCUGCUGAAGCCCAACAUGGUGACAGCGGGACACGCCUGUGCCACCAAGUACAGCCCCGAGGAGAUCGCCAUGGCAACGGUCACCGCACUGAGACGGACCGUGCCACCCGCCGUGCCAGGGAUCACGUUCCUCUCAGGCGGUCAGAGUGUGGAGGAGGCCUCCAUCAACCUCAACACCAUCAACCGCUGCCUGCUGCCGCGUCCCUGGGCGCUGACCUUCUCGUACGGCCGCGCCCUGCAGGCCUCGGCCCUCAAGGCCUGGGGCGGCAAGAAGGACAACACCAAGGCGGCCCAGGAGGAGUAUGUCAAGAGAGCCCUGGUAGGUGGCACCCGGGGACACCUUGGGGACACCUUGGUGGCGUUGGAGACACCGUUGGGGUCUUGGGGACUUAGGGGUGUUUGUUGGGUUGGGUUGACCGUGGAGAGAUGGGAGCUGAGGAGCCACAUCUGAGGUGGGUUCAGAGGG